GGCGGGACGUUCCUCUUAGAACCUAGCAAAAUCACCGGAUCUGCGCUUCUUAUGAAUGAGUGUCUUGCUAUUUCAAGAAUGAUGUGAAGAUUACUUUCAAAGGACAAGACCACAGCUCAGCUCAUCUUUUUCAGCAUAGUUCUGCUCUGUGCUGGCACACAAUCCCAUUUGUCUGAACUUGGUAUUUUUCGAAGCCCUGUGGGGAUGGGGAUGUGCUCGGAUAAAGGAUGGACUUACGGAGGCCUCGCAAAAGGUCACUGUCCUCUAAAGGUCAUGUCAUGGCCCCGGGCCCUGUGGCUGAUGACUUUGAUCUGUGUGAAUCAAAAGAUGACUUAUGGACAGACUAUGAACACUUUCCAAUCAGAGAGGAGGGAAUGGUCGUUAAAUCAUCUGACAGUACAUCAGUCCACUGGGGCGCUUUACAUCGGAGCUGUCAACCGAAUCUACAAGUUGUCUGCUAAUCUCACCCUCCUGGUGUCUCAUGACACAGGGCCAGAGUAUGAUAACAAAGCGUGUUAUCCCCCUCUGAUUGUCCAGCCCUGCUCGGAGCCUUUAGCCUCUACUGACAAUGUUAACAAACUUUUGCUUAUCGACUACUCUAACAACCGACUGCUGGCCUGUGGCAGUCUCUAUCAGGGAGUCUGUAAGCUGAUGAGACUAGAUGACUUGUUCAUCCUUGUGGAGCCCACGCAUAAGAAAGAGCACUAUCUGUCUAGUGACAACCAGACGGGGACGAUGUUCGGGGUAGUUGUGCCCUCCCAGGGUCAGGAUGCCACUCUGUACAUUGGCACUGCUGUUGGUGGCAAACAGGAUUACUUUCCAACUAUCUCCAGCCGUAAGCUCCCUCGUGACCCAGAAUCCUCUGCCAUGCUGGACUAUGAGCUUCAUACUGACUUUGUUUCAUCUCUCAUCAAAAUCCCUUCCGACACACUGGCUCUUGUUCCGCAUUUUGACAUCUACUACAUCUAUGGCUUCUCUAGCGGAAGCUUUGUCUACUUCAUGACCGUCCAGCCAGAGACCCCAGAGAACGGGAUGCCUGCAGGCGGCUCCCCUGGUGACCUGUUUUACACAUCUCGCAUCAUCCGUCUCUGCAAAGGUGACAAGAAGUUCCACUCCUAUGUGUCACUUCCUGUGGGGUGCGUACACAAAGGUGAGGAGUACCGUCUGUUGCAGGCAGCUUACCUGUCUAAGGCUGGCAGGGUGCUGGCUAAGUCGCUCAACAUCAGCGCUCAGGAGGACAUACUAUUUGCAGUGUUCUCCAAGGGACAAAAGCAGUACCAUGACCCUUCAGAUCAUUCUGCUCUCUGCAUUUUCACCAUCCAAGACAUUAACGCACGCAUUAAGGAACGACUACAAUCCUGCUAUCAAGGAGAAGGAAACCUGGAGUUGCACUGGUUGCUAGGAAAAGACGUUCAGUGCACCAAGGCGCCUGUUCCCAUCGAUGAUCACUUCUGUGGCCUGGAUAUAAACCAACCCCUGGGGGGCUCUCAGCUGGUGUCAGGUCAGACAGUGUACACCGAGAGCAGGGACAGGCUGACCUCUGUCACUUCCUACAUCUACAACGGACACAGUGUGGUCUUCCUGGGCACCAGGAGUGGAUGCCUAAAGAAGAUCAAGCUGGAUGGCGCUCUGGAGGGAGGAGUGCUGUAUGAGACAGUGACUGUGAUGAAGGACAGCAACCCCGUCCUCCGGGACAUGGCCUUCUCUCUGGACAGGAACUCUCUCUAUGUCAUGUCUGACAAUCAGGUGGUCCAGGUCCCCGUGGAGGCCUGCGAGCAAUAUGGUACAUGUGCUGAGUGUCUAAGCUCUAGUGAUCCCCACUGUGGCUGGUGUGUCCUGUAUAACAUGUGUUCGAGGAGAGAUCGGUGUCUGCGGGCGGAGGAGAGCUUCCGUUUUGCGACGGACAUUGACCGCUGUGUGAAGGUUAUUGCUCACCCAGACAGCAUCGCUGUAUCAGCACAUAGUGUCCCUCUCCUGUUGGAGGUGCACAAUGUUCCAGAUCUUUCUGCUGGAAUUACCUGUUCAUUCGGGCAGCAGGCUCAAGCAGAGGGUCACGUCAAUGGGAACAGAGUUAUGUGUCUUUCCCCAGCCGGGAAGGAGGUCCCUCAGAUACCACAGGAUCAAGACUGGGCUGGCGUAGAGCUGCGUCUCAAUUCAAAGGAGACAGGUCAAAUGAUUGCCAGCACAGAGGUGAAGUUCUACAACUGCAGCACACAUCAAAUGUGUCUGUCCUGUGUAAACAGCACUUUUCGCUGCCAUUGGUGUAAAUACCGAAACCUGUGCACUCACGACCCAAGCAGCUGCUCUUUUCAGGAGGGUAGAGUCAACGCAUCAGAGGAUUGCCCUCAGCUCCUUAACUCUGGAGAAGUUCUCAUUCCUGCUGGCGAGGUCCGACCCAUCACCCUGAGGGCCCGAAACCUUCCCCAGCCACAGUCAGGCCAGCGGGGCUACGAGUGUGUGGUUAACGUACAGGGUGUCAGCCACCGUGUCACGGCGCUGCGCUUCAACAGCACCAGUGUGCAAUGCCAGAACAGCUCGUACAUGUAUGAGGGUGUGAAGAUCAGUGACCUGGCAGUGGACCUCUCCAUCGUAUGGAACGGCAACUUCAUCAUCGACAAUCCUGAGAAGAUUAAAGUGCACCUGUACAAAUGCAGUGCCCAGCGGGACAGCUGUGGCAUGUGUCUGAGGGCAGACAGGAAGUUCCAGUGUGGAUGGUGUAGCGCUGAGGGUCGAUGCACCAUGAAGCAACACUGUCCUCCCAUUUCCCCGUAUGCUAGCCGCUGGCUGGAUCUUUCUACUAGGAAUGUCAAGUGUACCAACCCACGCAUUACUGAGGUAAGCCCAGUGGCAGGGCCUCUGGAGGGGGGAACACUUGUCACUAUCCAGGGCCUGAACCUGGGUCUGUCUUUCUCUGAGCUGGAGGAUAAUGUGGAAGUGGCAGGAGUGCAAUGCACCCCACAGGAGGAGGGCUACAUCACUGCAGAGCAGAUUGUCUGUGAGAUGGCUGCUGCUCCAGAAGAAAGUACACCAGGUCCAGUUAAGCUGUGUGUUGGCGAAUGCAGACCAGAGCUACGUGCACAGUCCUCCCAGCUCUACUCCUUUGUGAUCCCUACUACGUUGGCCCUGACCCCGGGCAGAGGACCUGAGUCUGGGGGCACCAAGGUCACCAUUGUCGGAGAGAAUCUAGGCGCUGGCAGCACUGUUAAUGUUUACUUUGGAAAUCAGACCUGUGAGCUGUAUAGGAGGACCAUGUCAGAGAUUGUGUGCUUCUCUGCUCCAUCGGUAACGGGAGCAGGACCAGUGCAAGUAAGCUUGACAGUCGACCGGGCCAAAGUUCCUGGAAGUCUAGCCUUUGAGUAUAUCGAAGACCCCACAGUCCAACGCAUUGAGCCCCUCUGGAGCAUUACCAGUGGACACACCACCCUAACAGUGACUGGGACAAACCUGGAUGUAGUUCAGGAACCUCGGGUUCGAGUCAAAUAUGCCGGCCAUGAAUCUGUCAAUGUGUGCAAAGUUCUGAACACAAGCACAAUCAGCUGCUUCGCCCCCUCCUUAAAGGCGGAGUACACAACUGACGCGGAGACGAUAAAACAUGUGGAUGAGUUUGGCUUUGUCUUCAACAACGUCCAAGCACUGCUCACUUAUAACAACACAGGCUUUGUCUACUACCCCAACCCCUACCUGGAGCCCCUGAGCCUCACAGGUGUUCUGGAGCAAAAACCUGGAGCUCCCAUCAUUCUCAAAGGCCGUAACCUGGUGCCAUCUGCAUCUGGGGGAGCCAGGCUUAAUUACACUGUGUUGAUAGGAGAAACACCUUGUUCUCUUACAGUGUCUGACACUCAGUUACUCUGUGAGCCACCAAACCUCACUGGGCAGCAUAAAGUCAUGGUUCAAGUAGGAGGACUCCACAUCUCUCCAGGAGAAGUUCACAUCCGAUCAGACAGCCUGCUCACCCUCCCUGCUAUCGUCAGUAUAACAGCUGGAGGAGGGCUGCUCCUCAUCAUCGUCAUCAUCGUUCUACUGGCUUACAGACGGAAGUCACAUGAGAACGACCUCACUCUGAAGCGCCUGCAGAUGCAGAUGGACAAUCUGGAGUCCAGAGUGGCUCUUGAGUGUAAAGAGGCUUUUGCAGAGUUACAGACGGACAUCAACGAGUUAACCAGUGAUCUGGACAGAGCUGGCAUUCCCUUCCUGGACUAUCGCACUUAUGCCAUGAGGGUUCUCUUUCCUGGCAUCGAUGACCAUCCUGUACUCAGAGAGCUGGAGGUGCCAGGGAGCGGACAGACGAAUGUGGAGAAAGCCUUGAAGCAGUUUGCUCAGCUGGUGAAUAACAAGGUUUUCCUGCUGACAUUCAUCCGUACACUGGAGAUGCAGCGCUCGUUCUCCAUGCGUGACCGUGGCUACGUUGCUUCACUCAUCAUGACUGCUCUGCAAGGGAGGCUAGAGUACGCCACAGACAUCCUCAAACACCUGCUGUCAGACCUUAUAGGGCGCAAUCUGGAGAGCAAAAACCACCCCAAACUACUCCUCCGCAGAACAGAGUCUGUAGCAGAAAAGAUGCUAACAAAUUGGUUUGCCUUUUUACUCCACAAAUUUCUCAAGGAGUGUGCUGGUGAACCUCUCUUCAUGCUGUUCUGUGCCAUCAAACAGCAAAUGGAGAAGGGGCCCAUAGAUUCUAUUACAGGAGAGGCACGCUAUUCCCUCAGUGAAGAUAAACUCAUCCGCCAGCAGAUUGAAUACAAGACGUUGACGUUGAGCUGUGUGAACCCCGACAAUGAAAACAGCCCAGAAAUCCCUGUCAAGGUGCUCAACUGUGACACCAUUAACCAGGUAAAGGAGAAGAUCCUGGAUGCAGUAUACAAGAACAUGCCUUAUUCACAGCGACCACGAGCUACAGACAUGGAUCUAGAGUGGCGGCAGGGAAGAACAGCUCGAGUGGUCCUGCAAGAUGAGGACAUCACAACAAAGAUAGAAGGCGACUGGAAGAGACUCAACACACUCAUGCACUACCAGGUGUCUGAUCGCUGUGUGGUGGCCUUGGUGCCCAAACAGAUGUCCUCUUUCAUCAUUCCUUCCUCAGCCAGCUUCCCACGCAGUAUCAGCAGAUAUGGCAUGGAUGUACCCUUCCGCUCCAACCCCACCAGCCCUGACAGCCCCCACUCUCGUGUACCUAUGUUGACCCCUGACCUGGAAAGUGGUGUCAAAGUUUGGCAUUUAGUCAAGAAUCACGACCACGGAGACCAGAAAGAGGGUGAACGUGGGAGCAAGAUGGUGUCUGAGAUCUAUCUCACGAGGCUGCUUGCAACAAAGGGUACGCUGCAGAAGUUUGUGGACGACCUGUUUGAGACUCUAUUCAGCACUGUGUGUCGGGGCACUGCCCUGCCUCUCGCAAUUAAAUACAUGUUCGACUUCCUCGAUGAGCAGGCUGAUAGACACGGUAUCAAUGAUAUGGAUGUUCGCCACACAUGGAAGAGCAACUGCCUUCCUCUACGCUUCUGGGUAAAUGUAAUCAAGAAUCCCCAGUUUGUAUUCGACAUCCAUAAAAGCAGUAUCACGGAUGCCUGUCUGUCUGUGGUGGCACAAACCUUUAUGGACUCUUGUUCAACGUCAGAACACCGUUUAGGCAAAGACUCGCCCUCCACCAAGCUACUAUAUGCCAAGGACAUACCGCAUUACAAAAGCUGGGUAGAAAGAUACUACGCUGACAUCAACCGCCUACCUGCCAUCAGUGAUCAGGAUAUGAAUGCGUAUCUGGCUGAACAGGCUCGCCUUCACUCCAAUGAGUUCAACGUGCUCAGUGCCCUCCAUGAGAUCUAUGCUUACGUCAGCAAGUACAGCCAGGAGAUCAUUGAUGCACUGGAGCAAGAUGAACAAGCUCAGAAGCAGAAGUUGGCAUAUAAAAUGGAACAAAUCAUCUUAGCUAUGUCUGCAGAGAGCUGAGAUGUGCAGCUCACACACACAUAAACACUAAACACUUUCAGUAAUGCAAACAUAGACACACACAUUGCAAAUCUACAUGUAAUGGAGGUGUUAAACACAUGAACAUCAUCACACACCUAAGUGCAUGUGUGGAAAUACACAAUUGCACAUAAUCAUAUUCUAAUAUAAUACAUGCAGAUGAACUGCAGAUUUUAAUGGACCUACUGUAUAAAUUUACUCACAUUAUAUACACACUCAUGCAUAACUACACAAAUACAGAUGUACAUACACAAACCGCAGUAUACAUCAAACAGCAGAACGUCCCAAAGCAAGACUUUUGAAUUCAAUGUCACCAUUUAUUUAUUUACUUUUUUUUUUGGUUGAUUUUUUUGUUUUUUUGUUUGUUUUUUUUAAGAAACUUCAACAGGCAAACAUCCAACUUCUAAAACACUCCAACGGAAGGAGAAGGAGAAAGGGAUUUGCCGAAUUUACCGGCAAUUCCCAUUCCCUGGGUAACGGUUUGUCUUUGUAGCUGGUGCUUAUCCUAAGCAUGUGUGUGGCGUGGCUGGAGCUCUGAAGAGAACAGCACUUAACAAAGAAUGACUCAAUGUGAAAAGUCUCCAGAGGAGCUCAACAAAGACAGGAGCCAAUUUAAUGGGACGGCACAUCUGGAGCAACAAGACUCAAAGUACUUUAUAUAUGUCAGAAAUGAAGGACAUUUAUUCGCACUACAUAUCACCGGCUUGGAGUGUUGUCACCAUUUGGAGCUAUUUGGAGCAAAGAUGUCUAACUCUGUGUUGGCAAGCCUUUCCUGGGGGCUUUUAAAAACUUGCAAUGUUAUGCUUUGUUCAGAGAUGACUGUGUGAACUACUAGGUUUUGAAAGUAGUAAAAUCUAUCAUUGACAAGGUGAGGGUCUCACUAUUUAAUAAUCUAACACAGAAAGAUCUCAACCAUCCAAUUUUAAAUAUAUGGAGAGAUAUUUUGGGCCCACUGCCUGGCUUUUAGUGCCAAAUAUAAUGGAUCUCGUGUUUUAUCCAUGCUAAAUGCUCAUGUAGAGGCUAUUAAUAAAACAUGCCUUUGUACGGAAGAGAUUUCAUAUGAGAUAGGAAAUUUUUACAGUGAUGAUCUAUAGACCACUAAUUCAGCCAUUCAAAGAUAAGUGGAGACCAAAUCGAACUGUAGCAGAAAGCAUGAUUAAUGAUGUUAUAAGCGUGAUCGUGGAUCAGAUUAGUCUAUCCCUGGCCCACAGCACCGUUCCCCCCCCCUAAUGUCUCAUCAGUUAUUGUUUACAUUGAGCGUAAUACUUGAAAUGCACCCACUGUACGAGAUAUUAAGAACACCUGCAGCUCCUGUGAAGUAAUCUGAGCAGAUUAAGUUAGAUGAAGGCCUUGAUGCCUUAUUGAUUUUCCCAGUAUAUCUACUGUAAACAUGGCCUGGAAAUUAAAUAUGGGUAAGAAGCAGAAAAAUUAUUUCUACUUCCCUGGAGACGUGGAGAUGUGAGAGGAACUGUAGCUUAGCUUUGUAAAUCAGGUGUUUCUUAUAUUUUGUAGACAGAGUGGAAUUUGAUUAAUCAUGUACGUGUUUGGAUCAGCUGUUGGUCCUUGUAAAGUCUGUUUGUUGCUUCAUGGCGCUAUCGUUGCUUUAAAUCCUUGCUUUUAGUCUUGCUUUUCAACAUAUAAUUCACAAGUUGUUUUUUUAUUUUGCAUUCCAGUGUACAUUUUACUUGGCUGCUUGUUGUCUCCUCGCUGAUGUAGUAUAAGUGUCAUGUCUAAAUUUUCAAAUAAUUAGCAUCAUUAAAAGUAAAAUAAAAGUAAGAAAGAAAGAAAGAAAAAAUCAGUCUGGGCAUCAUGCCAAUGCAGAUUUUUGUUUUGACUAUUUCACCCUUAGCAGUGAUUAAAGAUGGAAGCCUUUGUGUGGUUCAGGCCAUUUCAUUGCUUCUCGACUCAUCUCACCGUGACUAUUGAAAUCUUCGGUGGGGCUGGGAAUUUACCAUUGCAGUAUCAGCAGAGCUGUUAUACUCCUCACAGGACUUCCAUUCAUGUUAAUUUAAAACAGCAAGAUAAAAUAAAUAAUAAAUACAUUUCCUGUUAAAUGUUGAAAUAUGACAGAAUUAAUCUGUUUCUUGUGUGGUUUGACUACAAUAAUUUAUAUAAGUGUUGUGCAAUAAACUGUCAGACUGUAAUGUUUUUUUUAAACAAUAUAUUACUGUAUAAAUGCUGUACAUAAAAAACAUUCCUAUUUUGCAAGCAAAGAUUCACUUUUUACUGUUGUUAUACAUUAAAUGCGCAGCUGAUGAAAAUCA